AGCCCAUCUUAGGUUUUCGUUUCUCAUUUGGUUUGAAGCGUGUCAUUGUUUAGUGAAGGCCGAAGGGGAGACGCGAAGACUGAAGCGGAGCUAGGGUUGAUUGAACGAACAUAAACGAUUUGAAGGAAAAAGAAAGCAUGCCUUCCCUCCAAACAGCUUUACCUCCCGAACUCGCCAACAAUGUGAUAAGACUCUACCGUGAAUGCCUCAGAAGAGCUCGCUUCAUUGGUCAUCGGUCUUCUACUCAACUUUGGCAGCAACAUAAUACAGAGCUUGUUGUUGAUAUGGUAAGGCAGCAGUUCAAAAAACACAUGCAUGAGACAGAUCCAGAGAAGAUUCAGAAAUUAAAGGAUGAUGCUGCCAGGGGACUUAUAAAUCAUAUUCUGUAUGAAUCUGAGAAGAUGUCUGGUCGCAAAUUUAGCAGUAGCUCUUGAGAUGUUUGUUCAGAAGGGCUAAUGAUCUUGCAUAGUCACUGAUGUAUGUGGUUCACUUUUAGCUGCCCCCUCCCCCCUAUAGUGAUAAAUUCAGAGAUUGGAGUGUGCACGAGGAUAUAUUCUCUCAUUAGUCGCAAAAUGUAGAGGUUUGUGGGUUUUAAGUAUCUAGUUGAUGUCGUUGCUGUUUAUUUGAAACCACUAGCUCAUUGUCAAUAGGCAUUUAUUCUGAAAUACUGUUUGAUAAAUUGUUUAUUAAACAAACGUUUCUUCCAUUUGUGUGAGAGCCAAUCAUUGGGGGAAGCUCCAUUUUAAUGUUUCUCCCCA